AUGAAUCAAGACUCUGUGACGAUAGAUUCGAACCAAUUGGCCAAGAACUUAGCUAGAUAUGACCUUCUUUUAAGGCGUAUCUCAACUAUCUCUCAAGUUCACCGUCUAAAGGAAAUCAUAGAAAAGGACCAUGCCGUUCACCUGAAGAAGCUCGACCAAUAUGUGCACGAGAGCCAAUUGAGACACAACAAGCAAAUAAGAAAGCUAGAGCUACAAAGAACAGACCUAACGGUGUCACUGACACAAUUUCAUGAAGCAUUAUCCAAUGUAAAUAAAACGAAUGCUGAAGCUAAACAAAUCCAUAAUGACAUUAAGUCUGUUGAACUCGAAAGGGUAUUACUGAAGCAAACUCUUGAAUUCGUUACAAAUAUAAGGACUCUCAAAAAUAAUAUAUCACUGUGUAAUGCUGUGAUAGAUGAAGAAAAUUACCAAGUUGCUGCAAGAGCCAUACAAGAAAUUAGAAAUAUGCCGAAUAGAGAUGGUAUAAUUAACUCUGAGUUUGCAAAGAGAGUAAUCCCAUCCAGCAAGAUUCCAGAGGAACCAUCAGUUAUUCUUCAACAAUGGUGUGAUGAACUAACCGAAAAGUUUAAGGAGAGAUUCCAGAAGGCUACAGAAGAACAAAAUAUUGAAGAACUCACUUUGAUCUUUAAGAUGUUUCCAAUGGUGGGUCAGGACAAUCUCGGUCUUGAUCUAUAUUCCAAAUAUGUUUGUGAUAUUAUUGCAGAUGAAAGUCGUAAAUUAAUGUCCAGUUCGGCUAACGCAGAUGUAGACGCUACAAUUACGAGGAGAUCUGGAUUUUUUGCACAAGUUCUACUACAUCUGUUCAAAAUUGUCUCGACAAUUAUUAAUGACCAUUCGAAAAUUAUCGCUGCUUCUUAUGGUGUUUCUCACAUGCUGCACGUAAUGGGAAAAGUUCAAAAAGAGGCCGAUUUGGAAGCGGGCCUAGUCUUUGAUAUAUUCAGCGACACAAGAAAAGUAAAAUCGGUAGUAAGAGAAAUAUCAGAAUGGAAUAUUGCUCAAAAAAACAAGAAUAAAACACAAGCCUAUAAAGAUUCAGGAACUGAUCAAAAUGCAUCUCAAGAAAGGAAAAGCAUGGACAAUAAACUUCCUUCAAUAUCUACCGGUGACUUAUCGGGACUAAUAGGGGAGUUUUCACAAAUAUUACAAAACUGGUCAAUGUAUCUGAAGUUCUUUUCUGUGAGAUGGAAUGAAUUUUCUAAUGAGAAUCCAAGUGUCUUGACCUUACCAUCUUCUUUAGAGACAAGUAAGUUUAGCAACAAACUUCGGGAAGAAAGAUACUUAGAUGAUUUCCUUUCCUUGACAAUUUACCACUUACAGUCUUCUUUUGCUAGAAGUAGAACCAUAGAAGAGCUUCCAGAUUUGAAUCACUUAGUUAUACCAACACCAAUAAAAACAAAUGACGGUUUAGCCUAUCCUGUAUCUUCAGUAGUGGAAGACUUAACUCUGCUCCUAAGGAAAGGCUUAGUUUUGACUGUCAAUUCCGGAAACUUUGAAGUAGUAUCACAGUUUUUAGAGAAUUUAGUCAGAUUUAUUCAAAAUGACUUUUUGGUCAGGUUUAUGCAAGACAGAUUUAAGACUUUGCAACCAAAAAUCACAUCCUCUUUGACACUGAAGAAGUAUGUGCCAAAGGAUAUCUCUGAGACUGGUAGUCCUGAUUCGAUCUCCAGAGUGGGUUCACCUUCUGGCUAUGGUGAGAAAUCCAGUUCCAACAAGUUAUCACAGCUUGGUAGAUUCAGUUUACGUGGCGCUGCCGCAUCCGCUUUUACCAAUAUACAGUCCAAUUUACAGGCUGUUGUCACGGACGAGGACUCUGUAUUGUCAUUACACCAUUAUUUGAUAUACUUAAACACAUUAAACUGGUCCAAACUAUUAUGUAAGAAGUUAUUGAGAGAAGAACUAUUGGAGGAGAAUCCCAAACUACUGCCGGAGAGUUUCCCAUUUAACAAUGAGUCAGAUGUUAUCAGGGAGAAAAUAAAUAAAUGCCAAGAUAUGAUCACGUCACAGAUAUCAAAAUUGGAGAAAUGGGCAGUUAAGUACUUGUUCCAAAACUUGAUACAGAGCAAAAUGAGAACUUUACUCACACCUCUUUUUGUAAACGGUAGCGAUAACACAUAUAUCGCAAACACAGAAGACUUUGAGGACAUGUCUGAGAUGGUAAACUUUAUUAAGAAGUGGAAACAACUAAUAACACCAUACCAGAACAUCCUCCACCCUGACGUAUAUACAGAAUUACUUGCGUAUAUCGUUGAGUACUGUGUCCAGUCAGUAGAGCAGAAGUUCAACUUGUUACAGGUGAACGAAUUGGGUUCAACCAAGUUAGAGAAAGAAUUAAGCUUGUUCAUAAGCACACUGUGCUCUCUAAACUUCAUGUUGAGGAAGGAUUUCACCAAAUUGACGCAGAUGGUUCUCUUACUAGGCUUCGACGACGACGACUUCGAUCUCGAGACCGGGGACAUCAAAGAGGAAUUCAUGGACACAAUUGACUGGGUGUUAACACCAGCUGAACGUGUUAACACCAGAAAACUAAAAGUAGAUAGAAGACAAUAG